AUGGCUUGUAGCCUACUAUGCCUGCGUCCUUGGGGUGACUGGGAUGGCCGCGAGGCCUGUGGCGAGGACUGGCUCCAUGGGACGUCUUCCGAAACCUGGGAACUAGACAUUGACCAGUCUGUCUCGAGCGCUGCCCAGCCAAUUAACGGAUCACAAUGCAUCGAGCCCUGGGUGCAGCUCCCACCUCGAACCCCACCGCCCCGACCCCCGAGUGCCUAUGGAUCAGAGUUUGGAGACCCCGCAUCGGUCCCAAACCUCGAUGAGUUCUACGUGCCAUUAACUGGCCAUGCCGACGCGACGCCGACUAGGAAACGAGCCAGAGUUGAGUCGAGCGCUGCCCCUCUGUCCCUCAACCCACCCAACGUCUCUGCAGCGAUCCGGCAAGGAGGCGGUACCAAACAUAUAUCGUGCGCAGAAUGGCGCCGAAUCUGCGUACAAGUUUUGGAAGAUAUCGUUGAAGGCGCUAGGAAAAUGCUGGGAUGGUCUGAUGAAGCAGAGGCCAUGCAUGAGAUUCUCAACGUAGCGAAAGUAAUGAAGACGGCCCUAAGCGAGCUCGAUGGCUCAGUGUCAGUCGACGACGACAUUUUCAUGUCCCAACCUGCUAUGCCCAGCCCCCCUCACGGUAGCUCUCUUGACGCCUUCAAGCUGGAGGUCAAAGAUCUGUUCCGCAAUCUGGAGGCCAACAUCUCCGCCAGGAUCUCAAACGUGGAGAGACGCCUGUCAUCUGGCUCAGCAUCUUCCCAGCCUACCCCGCCUGCUCAUAAUGGCUCUAACACACGGCAGCAACCUUCCGCCCCAACAAUGUACGCUGCGGCAGCGAAAGUCGGCCCCCCUGGACAGCCCAAACCAGCUCAACAGUCAAAGGCCACAUCAACUCCGCCUGCUGCCAAACCUAACACCAAGUUCAUUGUUCGCUUCCAAGGACGCCUACCCCCCGAGGUCGACCGCAAAUCCUCUCAGUUCCUGUUCCACCACCUCAAUCAAGUCUUUAAUAAUAACGCCGCUGCCCGUAACGAUGGCCUGGAGAUACUGGGCACCGAAUGGAAUCGCAGCGGCAAUAUAGCGGUCUGUUCGAGAGUCCCCUCGAUGGGAUUUGACGGCCACUAUUGGGACUCCAAAGCCCUCGGCGUGCUGCUUCGACGCAACCCCGUCAUCAAGAACCUCAAGAUAACACAAGAGCCCCGUUUUGUAUCCAACCCUGCGGAUGGACUACCCCCGGUCGCGCCUGUGGUGUUCGCCUUUGAAGACCCAGAUGGAUCAAAACUCAAGGAGCUGCUUAAAACCCCGAUUUUCAUGGACGGCCGCCACACCCCAGUACGCCCGUGGAGGGAGAAGCCGAAGCUGACCCAAUGCGACAGAUGUCAAGGUCUGGGGCAUACCGCGAAGUUGUGUAACAAGCCGAACGUCUGCGCCAAGUGUGCUCAGAGGCACCCCACGACAGAGCACAAUGUUUACUGCCCGUCAGUCCUCAAGGACGGAUCCAGCACCUGCAAGUGCACGCCCCGCGCCGCCUCCGCCUCCUCAAGCAUCUCAGGCACGGCAGCAGCAGCUCCAAAUGCCAGCACGGCCUGCUCCACCCCCACCCAUGCAAGUUGA